GGGGACCAUGUGGGGCGUGCAGACCAUCCCCACCGCCUUUCAAGAGAGGAGAUCCUGGCAGAGACUGCAAGCAGAUGAGAAAAGGGAGCCUUUGAAAAGCAAGAACAACAAAGGACUCAGCAGUGAAAAAGGAUCCAGGAAGAGGAAGGUCCCCGGGAGUCAUGAGAAGGACGUUACUUCUGAGAAGCCGGGCGCUGUCUGCCGCAGAACCUCAGCAGAGCCGGCUUUGCAAAGAGUUGCUCCCGCCUCCGAGGUCCUUGUGGUGGAGCUCUCGCAAGCCAUGUCACGCCUGGGCAUGGGUUUGGAGAAGGAGUAUGCCUAUGACAUCUUCAGCAGCCUGAUGAAGCAGACGCAUUACGCCUUCCGGGGGCAUGACAUGCCCAGGUCUGUGACGGGGGAAAUGCGUGGCCUCAUCAUCGACUGGCUGGUGCAAGUGCAUGAAUACCUGGCCCUGGCAGACGAGACUCUCUUCCUGGCCGUCUACCUCUUGAACGCCUAUUUGAAAGCGAGCCAAGUGCGAGUCUCCACCCUGCAGCUCCUGGCUGCCACCUGCCUCUUCCUGGCCUGCAAGGUAGAGGAGAGCAUUUGCCCUCAGCCGUCCCAGCUCUGCUUCAUGAUGGAGGACUCAUUCAACCAGAAGGAGCUUCUGCGCAUGGAGCGCAAGAUCUUGGCCCGCCUGAAGUUCGAGUUGCACUAUGCCAACCCCGUCCACCUGCUGCACCUGUUGGCAGAAGUGGGCCAUUGUGCCAGGGAGGUGCUCCUCUUGGCCAUGUACUUCCUGGAGCUUUCUCUGGCAGACUGCGACUGCCUGCGCUUUGAACCCGCCCAGCUCUCUCUAGCUGCCCUGGCCCUGGCGCAGAGGGUGCUGCCGGAAGAGGGCGCCAGGCGCUGGGAUGCUCUCCAGGAAGGUGCCCUGAACCUCCACUCGUACAGUGAGUCUGAGCUGUCGGCAGUGCACCCUCCCAUGGAGGCUGCCCUGCGGGGGCCCAGCUCCACCCUCCGUGCCACUUUCCUGAAAUACUCGCGCCCUCAAAAGCUCUGCACCAGCACCAGCCCUGCCAUCACGGCCUCCGAGUACCUAGCUGCUUCCUGGGGAGCUCCACUCCAUGAAGAGGGGGUUGUUGUGGGUCACACCCCAUGGCAGAGCGAGAGGCCCUGCACCUGCAAGCGGAAGGGCGCCUUCCGCCGCCGCCUCCUCGCUCGGCGCCGAGACAUCCGAGGUCAGCCCGGCCGGCAGUGCUGCUGA